GUCACACAAAUCGAUGCUGAUGGUUGACACAGUUCCACGUAGAGUGUUUAUCAGUUGUUGCUGAUAAUACAUUUUAUCAUUUGUUGUUUCAUAUACACAUAUUUAUGUAUAUCCAUUUCUCCGGCUGAUUGUUGUUGUUAACCUUGUUGUUAAUAUCUGUGUAUUUGUGCCCGUGUCAGCGUCAAACUAGGCGACGUUUUUUUCAUCUUCAAGCAAUUACCUCCGUGUGUUAAUCAUUAAAGUAGUAACUAGUAUACAAUUUCAAUUGAUUUUGAUUGAUUAUAAAAGGAACUACUUACAAAAUGACAACGAAUACAACAGCAGCAACUACUGAGGCACCCAAGCCAAAACAAUUUGCAUUGCUUCCAAAGAUCAUCAAUGGGGGAAUUGCCGGAAUUAUUGGUGUUUCUUGUGUCUUCCCAUUGGAUUUGGUAAAAACUCGCCUACAAAAUCAGCAAGUCGGUCCAAAUGGGGAAAAAAUGUACAAAUCCAUGUUGGAUUGCUUCAAGAAGACCUAUCGUGCCGAAGGUUAUUUUGGUAUGUAUAAAGGCAGCGCUGUGAAUAUCUUGUUGAUAACACCAGAGAAAGCAAUUAAAUUGGCUGCCAAUGAUCUAUUUCGACAUCAUUUAACCACUAAAGAUGGGAAAUUACCGGUAACACGACAAAUGGCCGCUGGUGGUUUGGCUGGAUUAUGUCAGAUUAUAAUCACGACACCAAUGGAACUGUUGAAAAUUCAAAUGCAGGAUGCUGGCCGAGUUGCAGCUCAAGCAAAAUUAGCGGGUAAAACCGUGCCAAAAACUUCGGCCACCAAAAUUGCGCUCGAAUUAUUCCGCGAGAAGGGAAUAUUUGGUUUAUACAAGGGAAUCGGGGCGACAACAUUGCGUGAUGUCUCAUUUUCAAUCGUUUACUUCCCAUUGUUUGCCACAUUGAAUCAAUUUGGACCGCGUAAAAAUGAUGGCAGCGGCGAAGCUGCCUUCUUUGUAUCGUUUGCAUCAGGUUGUGCAGCCGGAUCAUUGGCAGCUUUAGCCGUGAAUCCCUUCGAUGUAAUUAAGACGAGAUUACAAGCACUGAAAAAGGCCGAAGGUGAAAUGCAAUUUAAUGGCAUCUUCGAUUGCAUUGGAAAAACAUUGAAACAUGAAGGACCGCAGGCAUUUUUCAAGGGCGGUCUUUGUCGAAUGAUCGUAAUCGCUCCAUUAUUCGGAAUUGCACAAAUGGUGUACUUCUUGGGUGUAGCCGAAGCUCUAUUAGGAACAAAAACUAAAUAAACACACUGCCAACGCUAGUAUAUACAACGCAACUAAAAUACUGCACAUAAUAUCUAUAUGAACAAACAGCUUAAGUGUCCAUACUACACAUUUCAGCCAUAUAAAAAAUACUGGUAGCUUUAGAUUUAGUUAUCGAAGUCGUGUAUCAAACUGUGUACACUCAACACAAUAGUAUUUUUUUUCGUUCUUGGUUCUUAGUGAAAUAUUAACGAUCAACAUAAUCACCUAUCAUCAACUGAAACAAUAAAAAACACAUAGAAAUGCUUGACAAUAAAAACAAAACAAAUCAAUGUACGUGUUAUUGAGUAUAUAUUCUCAAUUUUAAAAAGUUUAUCGCGUAUUGUCUGUGUUAAAAUUGAAAGUAAAAAAGCGAAAUUAUAAAUUUUUGUUACCAAUUGUUUGGUUUGUCAUGAAUAUUUUCAAUUAAUCCAAGUAUAUCAUAAAUAUCCGUAAACAUAAUGGUCUAAUGUUUAAAGUUAAAUUAAAUUUUUAAAUGUUUUAUUGAAAAUAUAUUUUAACCAAAACCAAAUGAAGAUAUAUACCACAAUCAGUAAAUGUGAUGUGAUCACAAUAUCAAUUAUUUAUUUAGAAUGUGAGAUUGUAAGUCGGCCACAAAUGGAAAUAAAAAAAUCAUUAUGAAGCAAUA